UUUUCAGGCAAAGAGCAAUUUGCAAAUGUCCCUAACGGCUUCCCGUCGGCUACGUAGCAAACCGGAAGAUUCACCGUUAUCCUGACACGUAGCAACCACAGCCAAAGUUGGCAGUGCUCUGGUACGGCGGAGUGAGAGAUGUCGGGGUUUGACAAUUUGAACACAGACUUUUACCAGUCCAGCUACAGUGUAGAUGACCAAAACCAAGGCUACAGCAACGCUGAGAACCAAUACAAGCAAUAUGAUGGUCAGUAUGACUAUUCCCAGCCCAUGGGCUACUCUCCCCCAGGGAUAAUGCAGCCCCAGCAGCCGUACACAGGACAAAUCUUCCAGCCGACACACACCUACACCCCGUCCCCGUCACAAUCUUUGUAUAGUAGCAGCUUUGAUGACGAGCCGCCGCUGCUAGAAGAAUUAGGAAUCAACUUUGACCACAUCUGGCAGAAGACUCUGACGGUGCUCCACCCAAUGAAGGCGGCAGACGGCAGCAUCAUGAACGAGACCGAUCUUGCUGGUCCCAUGGUCUUCUGUUUGGCCUUUGGGGCAACGCUUCUCCUGUCGGGUAAGAUCCAGUUUGGCUACGUGUACGGGAUCAGUGCCAUCGGCUGCCUUGCUAUAUACUGCCUGCUUAACCUGAUGAGCAUGACGGGUGUGUCCUUCGGCUGUGUGGCCAGCGUGCUGGGAUACUGCCUCCUCCCCAUGAUCCUCCUCUCCAGCUUUGGAGUCAUCUUAUCUUUACAGGGCAUGGUGGGAAUUAUACUUACAUCAGCAAUCAUCGGCUGGUGCAGUCUCUCAGCCUCCAAGAUCUUCAUCUCUGCAUUGGCCAUGGACGGACAGCAGCUUUUGGUUGCUUACCCAUGCGCUCUCUUGUAUGGGGUCUUUGCACUCAUUUCUGUCUUCUAACAAAAAGAAAUAUCAACAGUUUGAAAGAAACGCUCCCCCAAAAGGCACCAAGAUUUUUUUUUUCUUUUACGUCUUCAGCCCUCACUACAUUCCGACUUGAGCAUAUGCAGACUUGAGUGUUUUGUCUCACUCAGUCCCUCACACACCUUUUUAAGGAGAGGACUGUCAAUGAGCCCGGGGAAAAAAUGACUCCUGCGGACCAUGUUGAGCCUUGAGCGGCCUACUGCGGUCCAAUGAUUUUUAAGGACAUAAUGACUCAAGGACCCUAGCAAUUGUUAAUGGUUAACUCAAGGGAGACCCGAGGAGAUUUAAUUUGCACGCCAACAGGGGAUGCUUCUCUAUUAAUAUUAAGGAGUGAUGAUAAACGACCCCCAGCGAACCCUGCAGACUGAUUAAAAGCCAGUGGAAACUUGAUUUGAGCAAAAGCUGUUUUGAUAUGAUCUUCGUCCGGCCUGCACAAAGACAGUGGGGAACCUCCACUUACCUUCUGCGGAAGACCACGGUAGCUAAUUUUACUUCACCACCCAGAAAUCUCCUUUUCCCCAGGACUGAGCGAGUAAUGAGUCAUUUCCCUAUCGCAGCGUGGAUCUAAUCUCUGAUGUAAAAUCAGCAGCGUUGCUACAGCUUCUCAUGCAUUCUUUUAUUAUAUUCUCUUCAAAGUCAUUCGACUUUUGCUACCCUUCAGGAAGAAAACCUAGUUUGCACAAAGGCAAAUGUGAUUGGGUGUUGAGAGUGAACACUCAGAGAUACUGUAUAUUUCCAGGCAGACACACACGUCUAUAUAGGUUGUUGCUAUAGUUUGCAUCAUUUUCUCAAAUCUUCAUUUGAGUCAUCGUCUGUGGUUCAUGUCUUCUCAUGCACAUUAAAGUUGUCUUUGAAAGUG